CUGCUUGACUUCCUAGGAUCUGGAAUCUGGUCAGCAAUUCAGGAAUCCCUUCAUUGUGACCCCCGCAUGGGCAAAGGCUUCCCUGGAAGCUCCCAUACUGUCUGCUCCCUAUAAAAGGCAGGCAGAUGGGCCAGAGGAGCAGAGAGGCUGAGACCAACCCAGAAACCACCACCUCUCACGCCAAAGCUCAUACCUUCGGCCUCCAACAUGAAGGUCUCCGCAGCACUUCUGUGGCUGCUGCUCAUAGCAGCUGCCUUCAGCCCCCAGGGGCUCGCUGGGCCAGCUUCUGUCCCAACCACCUGCUGCUUUAACCUGGCCAAUAGGAAGAUACCCCUUCAGCGACUGGAGAGCUACAGGAGAAUCACCAGUGGCAAAUGUCCCCAGAAAGCUGUGAUCUUCAAGACCAAACUGGCCAAGGAUAUCUGUGCCGACCCCAAGAAGAAGUGGGUGCAGGAUUCCAUGAAGUAUCUGGACCAAAAAUCUCCAACUCCAAAGCCAUAAAUAAUCACCAUUUUUGAAACCAAACCAGAGCCUGAGUGUUGCCUAAUUUGUUUUCCCUUCUUACAAUGCAUUCUGAGGUAACCUCAUUAUCAGUUCAAAGGGAAUGGGUUUUAUUUUAUAUAUAUAUAUUUUUUAAAAAAAGUAUUGCAUUUAAUUUAUUGAGGCUUUAAAACUUAUCCUCCAUUAAUAUCAGUUAUUUUUAAACUGUAAAGCUUUGUGCAGAUUCUUUACCCCCAGGAGCCCCAAUUCGAUCCCCUGUCACGUGUGGGCAAUGUUCCCCCUCUCCUCUCUUCCUCCCUGGAAUCUUGUAAAGGUCCUGGCAAAGAUGAUCAGUAUAAAAAUGUCAUUGUUCUUGUGAACCCAAAGUGUGACUCAUUAAAUGGAAGUAAAUGUUGUUUUAGGAAUACAUAAAGUAUGUGCAUAUUUUAUUAUAGUCACUAGUUGUAAUUUUUUUGUGGGAAAUCCACACUGAGCUGAGGGGGACAAAGAUGGCUGUGGCCAAGAGGGGCUUGGUUAUGGGGGUGGGAACUGUGUCCCUGGGAAAUGAGUUUUUGGCUUAGCUGGUCUUCAUUGAAAUGCAGGGUGAAACUGACAAACCCAUUCCAGCCCUCUAUUCCCAUUUUCAACAGUAUUUCCCAAACCCCAAACUUCAGCCACGAAAAUAUCUGGAGCUUUGCCACCAUUCCUUUCCUCCCCACCUCAUGCUUGCCUCUCCUGGGACCUAUUUUAACAGCCCUGUGGUUUCUCCCUCUACCCGACCCUGCUCCUCGGUCUUCCAACCCAGACUAGGCAGACAUGACAGACACUGGAAAUCAGAGGAAGGCUAGGUGACCCUUGACCAGAGGUUUAGGUGCAGGUUUUACAGGUGUGGUGGAGCUUAAAGUAGGUCUUGUGCAUGCACAAAGUGGAGAGGCUCUGCUGGAGGUAUUUCAGUCUAGGUAGAGGAGAAGGGGUGUUGCUUGAGCAAAAUCCAAGAAGUAGGAAUGAUCAUGCUGCAUUUACCCAGUUGGGUGGGAGCCCAUCAAAAGAUGUCAGUGUUGGAGUAUGUGUGAAAUGGUGGGGAAAUUUGGAAAGAAGUUUGAGGCCAGGCUGUCUAGGUGGGGAGUUUGUGCUCCAUGUAAGGUGAACAUAUGAUUCUUCCCAGCCCAGUUAGGAUGCUUUUGAGAGCAGAAAAGUGGUAUUAUUCAUAAUUAUUCUGGAACAACGGAUAUAAAUUAACACUGUCCUAAGCAAACUGGAACAUGUAGUCACUCUAGGAAUAGAAUGCAUUGCAAGUUUUGAUUCAGUGGAGAGAAGUGCCAUGACCACACUAUGAGGGGCUUCAGGAAGGGCAGCCAGGUGGCCAUGGGCUGAAUUGGGAGGAGAAGGGAGAAGCACUUAGCUCACUAUUGCAGUGUAUGGAAGAUAUGGAA